CACAAUACAGCGUUUUAGGAAUUAGGAAGUUUCCUCAAAGAACAUGUGUCGCCUCAAUUGAACCGUGUGACCGUGUCAAAUUCGUUUGCACGAAACCCUACUUUCUCUCAUUUGCCGGACUUUUGAUGGCUUUUGUAAACUCUGUUUCAACUGUUACAAAACCAGACCGCCAUUCUCGUAUCUUAUAAAAGUGUUCUUUCCCAAAUCAUGGCUCAAAAUACCAAAAUCGCUUCUUGAUUUCACAAUACAUUCAUAUUAUUUCGCAAUUUUAGUUUUAAUUUGUCAAGAUGUGGAGAAGUUCGUGUAAUUUAUUGAAACGGACAGUUACAUCGGUUGCGAGGACAAAGACGAUUAACUAUGGGACGAGGCCGUUUGUGGGUUUCGGGUGUUAUUGCGGGCCGACCCGAUUGAUGGGUGGGUACUAUUUUAGCUCUGGUUCAAAUGGGGGUGAGGAAAACAAGAAUGGGGAUACUAUUACUCAUGAGGAAGCUAAAAGGCUGAUGAGAUUGGUGAAUGUUGAAGAGCUGAAGUGGAAAUUGGGGAUGAAGAAUACGGAGGUUAUUGGGUAUAUGGAUCUGUUAAAGGCGUGUCAGAAUAUGGGUGUGGCUAAAACCCAUGAAGAAGCUGUUGGUUUUGCUAGAGUUCUUGAUGAGGCUGGUGUCAUAUUGCUAUUCAGAGAUAAAGUUUAUCUUCAUCCUGAUAAGGUAGUGGAUGAAAUUAGAAAGGCAGUUCCCUUAGCACUUCUACCUGAAGAUGAGCCCACAAUAGAGGAACUAAAGAUUCUGCAGGAGAAGAAGGAUAAAAUAGACGAGCUUGCGCAUAAGCAUGUGCGCCGCGUUUUGUGGGCUGGUUUAGGGGCUGGCCUUUUGCAGGUCGGGCUAUUCUUCCGUCUUACAUUCUGGGAAUUCUCUUGGGAUGUGAUGGAGCCAAUUGCUUUUUUUACAACUUCUGCUGGAAUAGUAGUAGGUUAUGCUUACUUCCUUGUUACUUCUAGAGACCCGUCAUACCAAGAUGUGCUGAAGAGGCUUUUCCUCUCAAGGCAGAGGAAGCUGAUCAAGAAGCAUGAUUUUGAUAUCCAUAGGUUCGUCGAAUUACAAAAGAAAAUCAAAUUACCAGUGAAUAGUCAAGCUUCCAUGAAGCAUCGGUUAGGGGUGGAGCUGGAACCAGAGGAUCUUUUACAUGGUCACUAAAUCACAUUGGCCUCUGAUCCCCUCUUCCUCCCAGCUUCUCACAUAAUUAUAUCCUUACUAAUCUCAUACCUUUUAGCCAAUGUAAGCCCUUCAUUUUGUCGCGGAGGGUGAAUAUCUCAGUUGUUAACAAUCAUCCCUGAUUCUACCUUGUAAUUUGAAGGUUAUAUUUCUUAAAUCUUCUUUACAAGAGGCUUAGAUAGUAGUUCUGACCAUCACAAUAUCCUUCAAACCUUUUACUCUGAUGUUGUACUGUCAUAUGUACUUGGAAGUUGUAACAAGAUACGUAUGCUAUAUCAAUGAUUUUUGAAUGUUUGUUCUUC